GGUCUAGAGGCUACAGAUUUUAAUGGAAAGCAUGAACUGCAUGCUUCACAGUUUCCAGAGUUAAAAGUCAAAAGUUGAGCUCUUAACCCUUGUUGUGUGUGAUUGACAGGGAGGCAUUCAAUUGGCAAACACCACCAUCAUCGCAACCAUUCAUCUGUCAACAAGGAGGCCUUGAACACCAGGAUGGUGCUAAGUGAUGACUCAGCAGAGAGAGACCAUCUGAUUGGAGCAGGCCUUGUGUUUGGUGCCAAACUCCCACUCAGCUCCACCAAACACCACCACUCACAUAAGCGCGUCCACUUGGAUUUUGUAGAGGAGGACCCACCUGUGGCGGAGGAGCUAACCGCAGGAGGUGCGGGUCCAGAUCAGCCCGGGAACCCCUUAUCCGAUGACGUGAUCACCGUGGAGUUUCACAGUCCUGCCCCCGACGUCGUGCCCUCCGAUGCUGCUCUGGGAUGGGCGAAAGCCCCCAAGCCCCAAAAGCAGAAGGCAGGCGACCCUACAUCAUGGACCCUUUCUGAUUUUUACGACUAUCUAUCCCCCAAUGAUGACGACCCCUCGGCAGUCGAUACAACCCCAGAACCCGAACCCUCCCCGUCACCUCCAGCAGAAAUGGAGGAUGAGAAUCCGCUCCUAGCUGGUUCUCCUGCUGUUCCCGACAAGGUCAAGCCUAACGUGGACAGCAGGCCACCCUUACCAGCUCCUCCCACGUCAGGGCAAGACCAGGAUGAGGGGCUAGGCUUAGGAGGUGCCAUGGGGGAGGGUGGCUGCAGGCUGGGCUUUGUGCAGUCUGGGCCCGGGGUGUGUGUAUCUCAGUGUGACGUCAAACCCAAUUUCUGCUUCAAUCAAGGGGUGUGCACCGUAGUGCCAGGAAUGGGAGCCUUCUGCAGGUGCAAUGUGCAGGACUACGUGUGGAACAAAGGUGCGCGUUGCGACUGGGCCGUCACCGAGUUCCAGGUGCUGUGCGUGGUGGUGGGCGUGUCCUCCGUGGUCCUCCUGCUGCUUUUUAUGAUCAUCGUAUUCUUUGCCAAGAGGCUGCACCACCUCAAGAACGAGAACAAGCGCCUUCGCAAACGCAGUAAGUACCGCCCACAGAGCAGCGAGCCACAGACGGACGGCCUCUCAGUUUCCACAACAGCUGACGGCUCACAGCCAAACGUAAGGAAACUGUGUGACACCCCUCCGCCCGCUCCCCAAGCUCAUACUCACAACCUGGCGUACUAUGACAACAUUAUCUGUCAGGAUGAGCCGCAGAAGCAGGAGAACCAAGCCAAGUCCCCGCAGCCCAAGGAGGAGGGGUCUAUGAACAUCCUCAACUCUCACUCCCCGAAGCACGAGAACAACCGCCCGGCCUCCGCCGUCCACGACCACGGCCUCACUCCUAACAACACGGAGGAAAAAGCCGAGGAUGGAGUGACUAUUGGCCUGGAAGUGCUUCUCCCCAAAGAGGCCAAGCUUCACCCAGAGAACAACCCGCCCCUUCAGUAUGAUGUCUUCCUCUACAAGGUUGCCAACAAUGGAGACUCUGCCUCUCCCAGCCAAGGCCUCACCUCUCACUCAUCCAGUUCUUACCCCACCACUCAUCCCAUUCCCAGAUCACCCAAUACACCUAAGACAUCCAAGGUGCCUAAGUCACCCAAAUCCCCCAAACAGACCAAGGAACCGCUGAGAGGGAGGCACUCUUCACCUGGCCGGCACCGCUCACCCGGUCGCCAUCCAUCACCAAGUCGCCACUCAGCUCCCGGGUGUUAUUCUUCCCCUAUCUGCCGUAUGUCUUCCCACCACUCUCCCUCUCAUUUCCGGUGCAUGCCCACCUGCUCUCCCACUCCCCCUCAGCUACGCAGGCCCAGAGGUCGGUCUCAGGAACAGGAAGCUGAGACCUCAUAUACUCGGCGAGAGUACUAUGGAGGACACAUCCGCCCAUUCCCAUCAUCACCACAUCUUACCCAGCCUCCUCCAUCACCAUCCAGGGGGAAGUACUGCCCGGUCAGUACCCGAUCCCUGCCACCACUCUCCUGACCAGGCCUUUGCUCAGUCCAGCCCUUUAAACGCACAAACAUCUGUCAUGAUCUACUCUGUCCAGUGAUCUGUGUCCAUCGUGUCUCUAACUUUUUUUUUUAAAAUUAGCUAUUUAUAGUUUUUUCAUCCACCUGUCCAUUUUUGCACCCCGUUUCCCCACUUUUAUACCCUUAGGAUAAGGAAGGCACCUAAACCUGUUCUAGGAAACGAAAUAACUGGGACAACCCUGCACAGACAACAUUCACUGAAAUUGAAACAUGGAUGGACCAAAAAAACACCAAUAAAUCACUGCAUGGUUGCUGCAGCUGCAUAUUCACACCUCUCUGUAAAAAAAAAAAGCCCAACAUCUCAAGGCUCAGGUUUCUGCUCACAGAAUAAACUCUUAUAUGUGAACAACACUAUCUUAGCAUGGUGCCAACAUCAGCGACAGCUGACGAUAUUGUCAAUAAAAGGUUUCAUAGCCUUAGUGUUAUCAGCGGUUUAUACAAAUCUUUUGCUAUUCGAUGUGUAUUUUUUCAUGUU